CGUUAGAGGCUCCGGACAGUAACCACCACUCACGCAGCUGCUACUUUUCGGUUUGCGAAGAGCGUCAGUCACCGUCAACCCCACCUUGGGCCGCGGCCCCCGCAGGGCCUGUGAGGAGCGCUCGGCCCUCUCCUCCUCUCCUCCUCCAGGCGUCCGGCCUACGGCGUCCCAGGGAGGGCCUGAGGCCAGGCUUAUCUCCCCGGGAGAAUUCCUUCGCCCACGCGCACUCCUCACUUCGGCCCGAGGCCCGCAGCCGGGCUCUGGAGGCUGGGGGACUGGGGACCGACCAGGAAGUCGCGCUGCCGGAGACUACAACUCCCAGGCGGCACCGCGGCACGGCGGCAGCGUGCACGUCACUCAGGCACUGCCUGCGGCCCCGGGAAGCGGCGCGGGCGGGGGCAGGGGCUGGGGCCGACCGGGAGCCCGAUGCUGAGGAUGGGGGCCGCCCGGCCGCCCCGCGCGUGAGGAGGCCGAGGGGCGCGCCACCCCGUCCUGGGGGGGGGGGGGCUCCGCCAGCCCCGCCCGCCCGGCGAUCGUGGCCCGGGAUGCGGAGCCGGGGGCCGCCGGUGGAGCUGCGCGGGGUGAGAGGCGCGGGGAAGGGGGCUGCCUGCUUCCCUCACCCUCGUCCCCCACCGGCGGACCCCGGCAGGAAUUCGGCAGCCGCGCGGCCAGGCCUUCUUAGCGCCCUGACGUUUAGGGGGGAGAGGUGAACCCGCCGCCCUUCCCCCACCCCACCCUGCCUGGACAGCUGAAUCAGAGGGGACAACCCUGCCCUUUUAAAGAGGCUUUUUCUUGCUCCUGCGGAGGGCCCCCCAGCCAUGGCCCCCAGGAGCCCCCUAGAACCCGCAGGGACUGCCCCCCAUCCUGGCCGCCGGGGCCCGCCCUCUGCAUCCCGCGGGCAGCCUGUGUGAAGCGGCCUCCCGCAGCCCCUGGCCCCACCCCCAUGGAGGAGGAGGAGUUGGGGGCGGCCAAGGAGUGGGGCACGACCCCCGCGGGGCCCGUCUGGACCGCAGUGUUCGACUACGAGGCGGCGGGCGAGGAGGAGCUGACCCUGCGGAGGGGCGACCGCGUCCAGGUGCUUUCCCAGGACUGUGCCGUGUCGGGCGACGAGGGCUGGUGGACCGGGCAGCUACCCAGCGGCCGUGUGGGCGUCUUCCCCAGCAACUACGUGGCCCCUGGCACCCCCGCCGCGCCCGCGGACCUCCAGCUGCCCCAGGAGAUCCCCUUCCACGAGCUGCAGCUGGAGGAGAUCAUCGGUGUAGGGGGCUUUGGCAAGGUCUAUCGGGCCCUGUGGCAUGGCGAGGAGGUGGCGGUCAAGGCCGCCCGGCUGGACCCUGAACGGGACCCAGCGGUGACAGCAGAGCAGGUGCGCCAGGAGGCCCGGCUCUUCGGAGCCCUGCAGCACCCCAACAUCAUUGCCCUCAGGGGCGCCUGCCUCAGCCCCCCACACCUCUGCCUGGUGAUGGAGUAUGCCAGAGGGGGCGCACUGAGCAGGGUGCUGGCAGGGCGCAGGGUGCCCCCUCACGUGCUGGUCAACUGGGCUGUGCAGGUGGCCCGGGGCAUGAACUACCUACACAAUGAUGCCCCUGUGCCCAUCAUCCACCGGGACCUCAAGUCCAUCAACAUCCUUAUUCUGGAGGCCAUCGAGAACCACAACCUCGCAGAUACGGUGCUCAAAAUCACAGACUUCGGCCUCGCCCGUGAGUGGCACAAGACCACCAAAAUGAGCGCUGCGGGGACUUACGCCUGGAUGGCUCCGGAGGUUAUCCGUCUCUCCCUGUUCUCCAAAAGCAGUGACGUCUGGAGCUUCGGAGUACUGCUCUGGGAGCUGCUGACGGGUGAGGUCCCCUACCGUGAAAUCGACGCCUUGGCCGUGGCAUAUGGUGUGGCUAUGAACAAGCUGACUCUGCCCAUUCCCUCCACAUGCCCCGAGCCCUUUGCCCGCCUACUGGAGGAAUGCUGGGACCCAGACCCCCACGGGCGGCCAGAUUUUGGCAGCAUCUUGAAGCAACUUGAAGUCAUCGAACAGUCAGCCCUGUUCCAGAUGCCGCUGGAGUCUUUCCACUCGCUGCAGGAAGACUGGAAGCUGGAGAUUCAACACAUGUUCGAUGACCUCCGGACCAAGGAGAAGGAGCUCCGUAGCCGCGAGGAGGAGCUGCUGCGGGCGGCGCAGGAGCAGCGGUUCCAGGAAGAACAGCUGCGGCGGCGCGAGCAGGAGCUGGCCGAGCGUGAGAUGGACAUCGUGGAGCGGGAGCUGCACCUGCUCAUGUGCCAGCUGAGCCAGGAGAAGCCCAGGGUCCGCAAACGCAGGGGCAACUUCAAGCGCAGCCGCCUGCUCAAGCUGCGAGAAGGCAGCAGCCACAUCAGCCUGCCCUCCGGCUUUGAACAUAAGAUCACAGUCCAGGCCUCUCCAACCCUGGACAAACGGAAAGGAUCAGAUGGGGUCAGCCCGCCCGCAAGCCCCAGCAUCAUCCCCCGGCUGAGGGCCAUUCGCCUGACUCCUGUGGAUGGUGGUGGAGGUAGCAGCAGUGGCAGCAGCAGUGGUGGCAGUGGGACGUGGGGCCGCAACAGUGGACCCCCAAAGAAGGAAGAACUGGUUGGGGGCAAGAAGAAGGGCCGGACCUGGGGGCCCAGCUCCACGCUGCAGAAGGAGCGGGCUGGAGGAGAGGAGAGGCUGAAGGCCCUGGGAGAAGGAAGCAAACAGUGGUCAUCAAGUGCCCCCAACCUGGGCAAAUCCCCCAAACACACUCCCAUCACCCCAGGCUUUGCUAGCCUCAAUGAGAUGGAGGAAUUCGCGGAGGCGGACGGAGGCAGCAGCGUGCCCCCCUCGCCCUACACCACCCCGUCCUACCUCACGGUGCCGUUGCCCAGCCAGCCCUCUCCCGGGGCGCGGGCGCCGUGGGAGCCAACGCCGCCCGCCCGGCCCGGGCACGGCUCCCGGCGGCGCUGUGAGCUCGCGCUGCUGGGCUGCGCCACGCUGCUGGGCGCCGUGGGCCUGGGCGCCGACGUGGCUGAGGUGCGCUCGGCCAACGGCGAGGAGCCGCGGAGCUGGCUCGAUGGCCUCUUCUUCCCCCGCGGCGGCCGCUUCCCGCGGGGCCUCAGCCCACCCGGGCGCUCCCCGAGCCGCCGCGAUGACGCGGCCCCCAGCCCGGGCCUGGCGCCCUCGGCCACCCUCGUGUCGCUGUCGUCCGUGUCCGACUGCAACUCCACGCGUUCGCUGCUGCGCUCCGACAGCGACGAGGCCGCGCCGGCCGCGCCCUCCCCGCCGCCCUCCCCACCCGCACCCGCGCCCAGCACCAACCCCCUGGUGGACCUGGAGUUGGAGAGCUUCAAGAAGGACCCCCGCCAGUCACUCACGCCCACCCACGUCACGGCCGCGCGCGCUGUGAGCCGCGGGCACCGGAGGACGCCGUCAGACGGGGCGCUGGGGCAGCGGGGGGCGCCCGAGCCCACCGGCCCUGGCCUUGGCCCUCGAGAUCCUCUGGACUUCCCCCGCCUGCCCGACCCCCAGGGCCUGUUUCCCACCCGCCGUCGGCCCCCCGAGUUCCCUGGCCGUCCCACCACCCUGACCUUCGCCCCACGACCCCGGCCAGCUGCCAGCCGUCCCCGCCUGGACCCCUGGAAACUGGUCUCCUUUGGCCAGACACUCAGCAUCUCUCCUCCCAGCAGGCCGGACACUCCGGAGAGCCCCGGGCCCCCCAGCAUGCAGCCCACGCUGCUUGACAUGGAUAUGGAGGGGCAGAGCCAGGACAGCACAGUGCCCCUGUGUGGGGCCCACGGCUCCUUCUGAGGCCUGCCCACCACCGCCCGCCUGGGCAGCCAUGAAUGUAGCGCCCCAGGCCCCGCCCCAGCCCACCGUGCCACAAGGCAGGGGAGGCCCUGGGCAGGAUACUCACUCUAUUUAUUGGGGAAGGGGGGGGAGGGAGGGCAAUUAAUUUAUUCCUUUGUACCCGGGGGUGGGGGGGCCCUGUGCCUGCCCGGGGGGGGGGGGGGGGGUGGGCAGGGAUACUCAGGGACAGGGCAUCAUGGGGGAUUCGGCACAAAAUGCAGCAUUAAAGGUAACCCCUGCCCCCUA